CAAGCACAAAGAGUAACCUUUAGGUAUCACCUUGUCUUUCACCACCACUUGAAGUCAGUUUGAUAUUUAGCGACACAAAGUUUUCGACAACUAAAGAAUAGCCAUGGCCCCCGACGCAGACCGUCUCCGACAACGCCAAACCAAGGUUCUGAGCGACAAAUCCGAUGCGGACUCAACCGAACCCGUCCUCCGCAUCUCCACCCUGAAGUCGAUCGGGGAAACCGAGAUCGUCAUCGAUGGUGGAAUCUAUGACAUCAAGGACUUUGACCACCCCGGUGGCGAAUCCAUCCAGUUGUUCGGAGGAAACGAUGUCACUGUUCAGUACAAAAUGAUCCACCCCUACCACACAACAAAGCACCUCGAGAAGAUGAAGCGUGUUGGUACAGUUCCCGAUUACAGCAGCGAGUGAGUUCGCCAGCCCGUUUUCCCGUUAUACUACGAGUUCUUUCGAAUAUCGGUGAAUAAUGGUUACGGAUCCAUUCCACGCAGAUUGCGUUAUUUUUCCCACUUUAUUCUCUUCUCACCCAUCAUCUCCCUCUUUCUCAUGCUAUUUGUUGUGUGGCACAGAUACAUCUGGGACACACCUUUCGAGCGCGAAAUCAAAAAGGAAGUGUUCAAAAUUGUUCGCCGCGGUCGUGAGUUCGGAACUUGGGGAUAUUUUGCUCGUGCCUUUUUCUACAUUGGUCUCUUUUUUGCCCUUCAAUACUACUGGGUGACCACCCCCACCACCUAUGCGUUGGCUAUUGUAUACGGCGUCUCUCAGGCCCUGAUUGGAUUGAACGUCCAGCACGAUGCCAACCACGGAGCCGCCUCCAAAAAGGCCUGGGUCAACGAUCUUUUGGGACUCGGAGCCGAUUUUAUCGGAGGAAGCAAGUGGUUGUGGAUGGAACAGCACUGGACGCACCACUCCUUCACCAACCACCACGAAAUGGACCCCGACAGCUACGGAGCCGAGCCCAUGCUUCUCUGGAACGACUACCCCCCGGGCCAUGAAAAGCGAAGAUUUGUGCACAAGUUUCAGGCCUUUUAUUACCUCUUUGUCUUGGCCGGGUACUGGGCCUCCGCUGUCUUUAACACCCAGAUCCUUGAUCUGAAGCAAGCUGGAGCCAAGGAGGUUGGAAUCAACAUGGAAAACCCAUACAUUCGAAAGAGCCGAAAGUAUGCCAUUGGCCUCCGAAUCCUUUACAUCCUGACAAACUGCGUAGCCCCUUUCUACACGGUCGGAGGAUUCUCGAUGGCGGUCUUCGGACACAUUUUGGUCAUGGGAGCCGCCUCGAGUCUUACCCUCGCCACCUUGUUCGCGCUGUCCCACAACUUCGAGAAGGUGGACCGUGACCCCACCUACGACACACGUCAUGGAGGAGAAGGAACCUGCUGGUUCAAGUCCCAGGUAGAGACCUCUUCCACCUACGGUGGAUUCAUCUCGGGGGCGCUCACCGGCGGCCUCAACUUUCAGGUCGAACACCACUUGUUCCCGCGCAUGUCCAGCGCCUGGUAUCCCUUCAUUGCCCCCAAGGUCCGCGAGGUCUGCAAGAAGCACGGGGUCCAAUACGCUUACUACCCAUGGGUCUGGCAGAACCUCGUGUCGACUAUCAAGUACAUCCACCAAGCCGGAAACGCAUCCAACUGGGCCCACGGAAACCCGUACACCGGAAGCCAAUAGAUAGAGAACUCAAUACCCAUCAAUGCGACGCACAAAUUGGUCAGAUGCCUGUCCGAUAUGACGUAUAUUCGUAGCUAAUGAACUUAUCGUAAAGAACAGAAAAAAAUAGAAAAUACUGCCUGUA